AUGAUAACAAGUCUUAGUAAACAUGGAUGUGUUUAUUAUGGGUUACCAAAUCAUAAAAGAGAAGAUUGCACAAAGGUGCUGAACGUUGCAAGACGCAAGGAGAUUUUAAUAAACAAAAGAUUAUGUUACAACUGCAUUAGUUAUGGACAAUCUGCAGCAAAUUGUCAAUCGGGAGGAUGCAGAAAAUGUAGUAAAAAACAUCACACCUUAAUCUGUCAAAGCGUCAAUGCAACAAUGUAUGGUAAAGUUAAAAACAAAAAAGAAUCCAUGGGGAAAAUAUUUUACGCAAGUACAGCUAGAAUAAUGUUGGAUACAGGUGCUGGAAGUUCUUAUAUUUGGACGAACUUGUUAACAAAACUGAAGUUAAAACCUACACGGAAGGAAUAUAAAAACAUUAAACAAGUUAUAUGGAACGGUGAAUAA